CCUAUGAGCUAUGUUUUCUGGGUCAAUUUGUAUUAGUGAGUUUGAAUUGUGAUGAUUGUUGAGGAAUGGGGUGAAAUCUGAAUCUAAGGCAGCAAGAUUUUGAGGUCAUUUAUUGAUCUUCCAACAUCGUAUUGCGUUAUGUAUCCCAAUUUAUUUGCUAGUAAUGCAGUGGUUGGUUAUAGUAUUGGGUCUUUGAUUUUUGGAUGAAGAGUGUAAAAAUGCUAAUUCUUGGUUUUAAAGGUUAAAUUUUGAAUUUUCGUCUUUCUUUUUUCGGAUAAGAGGAAGUUGGAAAUGCUAGUUCUGGGUUUCAAUGAAUACGUUAUAGAGAUAGAGGUUGAGUAUUGAAGUUUGAUAAAAAUAAAAAGGUUCACUCCUUCUUUGUUGUGCAUGGGAGGAAUGUAUUUGUAUAAAUGCCAAUUUGUAAAUGGUCAGUUUGAAUUGAGCGGAUCGUUGAGAGAUGGGGUGAAAUCUGAAUCUAAGGCAACAAGAUUUUGAGGUUAAAGGAAUAUACACAUUGUGAAUUUUCUUGUUUCAUUAGAGGAUAAAAGAUUUUCAGAUCUGAAAAAUAUAAUCACAAUGACAAUAGAGCAGGCAGAGCUCACCACAGAGCAGGUUUUGAGGAGGGAUAUUCCAUGGGAGACUUACAUGACCACAAAUCUGAUCAGCGGAACAGGUCUUCAGUUGUUGAGGUGUUAUGAUAAAAAGGCUGAAAGUGACAAAGCUCAGUUGCUGGAUGAUGACGGGCCAGCUUAUGUCAAUGUGUUUGUUACCAUUUUACGAGACAUCUCCAAGGAAGAAACUGUGGAAUAUAUUGUAGCUUUAAUUGAUGAAAUGCUUACAGCAAACCCAAGGAGAGCGAAAUUAUUCCAUGACAACUCUUUUUCCAAUGAAGACACUUAUGAACCUUUCCUCAGACUGCUUUGGAAAGGUAAUUGGUUCGUACAAGAGAAGAGCUGUAAGAUUCUCUCUUUGACAGUGAGUGCCAGGCCAAAAGUUCAGAAUGGUGUUGAUGCAAAUGGAGAUGCCUCAAAUUCAAAGAGGAAAUUCACCACCACGGAAGAUGUUCUCAAUGGCCUAGUGGAGUGGCUAUGUGCGCAGCUGAGAAACCCUUCUCAUCCUAGUCGCUGCAUUCCUGCUGCAAUCAAUUGCCUUGCAACUCUGCUGAAGGAGCCUGUGGUUCGACGUUCAUUUGUUCAAGCUGAUGGAGUGAAGCUGCUCGUUCCUUUAAUUUCACCAGCAUCUACUCAGCAGUCCAUUCAGCUUCUCUAUGAGACAUGUUUAUGUGUCUGGCUUCUGUCUUACUAUGAACCUGCAAUUGAAUACUUGGCUACUUCUAGGGCCAUACCUCGAUUGAUAGAAGUUGUUAAAGGUUCCACAAAGGAGAAGGUAGUCAGGGUUGUAAUCUUGACUCUCAGGAAUUUGCUUUCCAAAGGAACAUUUGGUGCUCAAAUUAUAGACCUGGAUGUGCUGCAGAUUGUACAAAACCUGAAAGCUCAGGCUUGGAGUGAUGAGGACCUUUUGGGCGCUCUGAAUAAGCUCGAAGAAGGAUUGAAGGACAGCAUCAAAAAAUUGAGUUCAUACGACAAGUACAAGCAGGAAGUGCUACUUGGCAAUCUUGAUUGGUCCCCCAUGCAUAAAGAUCCUCUAUUCUGGAAGGAAAAUAUAAAUAAUUUCGAGGAGAACGGAUUUCAGAUCUUGAGAGUGCUUAUGACAAUUCUGGAUACGUCAAGUGAUGCAAGGACACUUGCUGUCGCUUGCUAUGAUUUGUCACAGUUCAUUCAGUGCCAUCCUGCGGGGCGAAUCAUAGUGGCGGACCUCAAAGCUAAGGAACGGGUAAUGAAAUUAUUGAACCAUGAAACUGCAGAGGUCACGAGAAACGCCUUGCUUUGCAUACAAAGGCUUUUCUUGGGUGCCAAAUAUGCCAGCUUUUUGCAGGCUUGAAUUAACUUCAAUCGGUUUUAUUCUUUAAACAAGCUAUACAUAAUUUGUUAUUCAAAUGACAAAAGUUUGAGGAUGGUCAUGUUCUAUUUAUUCAUUUUAUCUUUAUUAUUGUUUGAUGAGAUCAUAUAUCGGAAGGACACCGACAGUGAGGACUCAUAUAGCCAAUCUCAGUUUGCUUGGGACUAGGGUGUAGUAGUUGUUGUGAUUGUUUGACGAGAUUCUCACUCAGAAGAAUGCUUGUAACGAGUUCAUUUUAUUUCAAUCCAAUAAAUGAAUUUUUUU